AUGGACAAGGAAGACAAUCCCGGGAAAGACGCACAGGCGCUGCGAAAAAGAUACAAAUCGGAAAAGGAGUUGAGCAGAUCGUUCGAAGCGUGCGAACGGGGAGAAACGAAAUACGACGAAGAGGAGAGGCAUACUGCUUCCCUACUUCAUGGAUACUCAUUUAAUAUAAAAAAAAAAGGUCCUGUUCAAAAUGGGAAAAACUAUUUGUGGUUAAAGAUGAAGGACAAGGCGAAACGGAGAUCCGAGUCGGAGUACCACAACUGCGUUCGCAGAAACGAUUCAAAACUUACUUGCUUCGUGAAAAAGUACAUGAAAUAUUUUUCUGACCUGAAAAGGAGAAGCUACAAAACGAGUUCGUAUGGAAACGGCCCCAACACUAGGAGCGGUUUCGGCAACCGUCUUGGCACGAUGAGAAGUAACCCCAACUUUACUGCUCAUAUGAAGAAAGGGCGCUGCAAUGAGGGUAAUUUCAAGUACCAAUGUGAGGAGUCUUUAUCAAUUGGGAAAAUACUUGGGAGAUCAUUUCUGCACAAAGUGGUAGAUUUGUUUGCGAGUCCAUUUCGCUCUCUCCAGGAAAGGAGACCCCCUAACAAUAGCAACCACAGCAGCUGGAAUGAAGUAACCCCCUUCCUGAUCUUCACAAAUGGCCCCUUUGAAGAAGCAUUCAUGGACAAAUUUUACGCCUCCCUUCCCUUCAAAAUGAUUGUAUACUCAACUUACUUACAUUUUGCCUACAACGAUGUGAUCGUCUUGUUUUGCUUCUCCUUGUGCGUGCUUGUGCUGUCUCUGUGCUAUGAGUAUCGCUUUGAGAGGAGGGGAAGGGCUUCCUUCUUAGGGAAGCGCGAAAGUGACGAGAAUGCGUAUGAGGGGAAAAACACAAGCGAGGGUGAAAACACAGACGAGGGGAAAAACACAGAAGAGGGGGGAAAUACAGAUGAGGCGAAAAACACAGACGAGGGGGGAAAUACAGACGAGGGGGAAAAUACAGACUACGAAGAAAACGGUAACGAGGCAGACCGCAGGAAGAUGCCGAGGCACUACAUGACCAAGUACUUCUCCAUCGACAACUCGACGCCCACGUCCCCCAUCGAAGACAUUUUGAACAAUCUGAAAUUCUUGCUGGACCACAUGAAGAAGCUGGAGGAAGAUGCCAGCGAAAAAAAAUUAUCAGAAAUAGGAAAAAUGAGAGAAAAAAUAAAAAUGUGUGAAAAUAUUUUGAGGACGCAAAAUUUAAAUGAAGUCCAAAUAUGCAAGUAUCGAAAAUUUGAGAGAGUUUACAACAUGUGGUGUUUGGAUAAAAUCGAAAAUAAUUAUUGUGAAAAAAACGAUGAAUGUAAAUCAUACUUAUCUCAAAGUCUUAACAGGAAAUCUUUUAAUUCAUUUUCAAACAUUCACUCGUUGUUAUCGUCCAAAUUUCAAGAACAGCACAACUUUUCGUUCGAAUGGAAGUCCGACAUUGAGCACUUGUACAAGCGCAAUGUGUUCAUUUCUAUUGGGUAUAAGUUGCUGUAUCCUCUGGGUGUCUUGGAGGCCAGCUUCGACAAGGCGAAGCUGAAGAACUUCCUGCUGAAGAUGCACUCUAUGUACAACGAGGUGCCCUACCACAACAGCUUGCACGCCGCGCAGGUCGCGCACUUCAGCAAAAGCAUGCUGUUCCUGUUGGACAUCAACCACAAGAUACCAGCCAUCGACGAAUUCUGCUUGCAUGUUUCCUCCCUGUGCCACGACGUGGGCCACCCGGGGCUGAACAACUACUUUUUAAUCAACUCGGAAAACAAUUUGGCGAUAACAUACAAUGACAACAGCGUGCUCGAAAACUACCACUGCUCUCUCGUUUUCAAAACGCUGAAGGAAAAAAAUUGUAAUAUUUUCGAAAAUUAUCCAUACAAUAUUUUUACGACUUGCAAAAAAAAUAUCAUUAGGGCUAUCUUGUCAACAGACAUGAAAAACCAUUUCGAGUACAUUGCCAACUUUCGCACAUCCAAAGAAUUUAUCGACUUAGACAUUUUAACAAGUGAACAGACAUGGCAAAUUUUCUCCCUCAUUUUAAAGGCAGCAGAUAUUGGGCAUGCAACUCUGGAUUGGAAUAAGCAUUACGAGUGGACAAUAAAAAUUAAUGAGGAGUUCUACCUACAGGGCUUGCUAGAAAAAUCGUUAAAUAUGCCCAACAGCUUUUUGUGUGAUAUAAAUUCUACUGAUAAGUUAGCCACCUCGCAGAUUGGCUUUCUGAAACAUUUGUGCAUUCCUCUCUUCAGUGAAUUAAAUUCCAUCUCGAAAAAUGAUGAAGUCUACAAUCACUGCAUUUCCUCCAUUGAGAAUAAUAUAGAGCAGUGGGAGAAGAACAAAAAUAAUCAGAAGAGUCUGGGGCUGCACGAGAAGUACAAAGAUGAAAAUUUAAUUGACAGAAUUAAGCUGCUAAAAUGUGUGUGA